GUUUUCGAUUUCGAUCUUGAAAAAUGUACUCAUAAUAAAUUGAAAGGAUCGCGUAUAUUUUCAAAGAAUGCAUAUAUAUAUAUAACGUGACAAAUAAUUUCUAUAAAUAAUAAUUGCUAAAUAAAAUUUAUUUAUUUAUUUAUUUAUUUUUUAUAACAAACGAUCUUUAUAACGGCAAAUCACAAUUAACUCAACAAUACAAAACCGAUUUUAAUAUCGAUAGUUCGAUAGCUAAUAAUUGAACUCGCAAUGUUUAUCACGUGAUUUGAUUUGUAGCAAACUUUACUUAUUUCCGAAGAAAAAAUGAAUCAAGAAUCGAAUGAUAUAAAAAAUAUAAUGAAUAGAAGCAAAAAGUGAAAUCAUCACGAAAUCAAGCGAUGAUAAAAAAUAUAUUAAUAAGAUGUUACGUAAUAAAAGUAUUAUAAUUAUUUAUGUAUAUUAAAAUAACGAAUAGUUUACAAUACGUUUCAUCGAACUGAUAUAGUAAGUGAUAUAAAUUCAUAAAGUUAUAUAAUCAAUCACAGAAUCAAUGAUCGCAAACUGCUUUGAUGUUCAUUUUUUUAAUGUGUUUAAUUUUAUUCUCAAUUGGUACUAUAUGUAAUGCAUCUUGUAUCGAGUUAUUGUAUUGAGGAAUAUAUUUAGCGUGAGAUGCGUAACGUAUGGAUGGAAUGGAUGUAUACAUAUAUGUAUAAUAGAACAUCGAUGAUGUCAUAUAGUAAAAUUGUGUAUUAAUUAUGCAUGUAAGAUGACUAAUUCAAGAAAAAUAAGAAAUAACGAAUUAAAAAAAGAAAAUAUAUGAAUGCAAGAAGAUAUUAAAAUUUUGAAAUAAAUGUAAAAUGCAAGUACGAAAUAAUCUUUAAUAGCAAGCCUAGUAAAUAAAUCUGUGAGAAAAUAAAACGAUUUUGGUACUCAAGUUUUUUUGAAUUUUUCACGAAAAAUUUAAAUAAAAAUAAUCCCUAUAUUAUUUUUGUGAGUGUUUAUUUAUUUUAAUUUAUAAUCAGUUUUUUUAUUGAUACGUUAUUUUUUUAUUUGUUAAUCGAUUACUAGAUAUGUUCAUAUAGAUUUUUAUUAUUAAAUAAGUUACGUUAUUUUUAUUAAUAUGUGUUAAAUGUUAAUUUUUAUUAUUUUUUAUAAAUAAAUUCCCUUUGUAUAUAUAUAUAUAUAUCUAUUACAUUUAUUCAAAACAAUUAGAUCUCAAUUAACAAUUAUAAGAAAUAUAUCAUGACAGCACAAGUUAUAUUAGAGUGCGCUACAAUCAUAGUUAAAAAAAGUUUAAUUUUUAAAAUUACAAAAAAGAAAGUAUAAAUUUUGUUUUGAAUAAAAAAUAUUUCUAAAUAUUGAUAAUUUUAAAAACUGAUAAAAAGAAUGUUAAAGAGAAAAAAUACUUUUAACAAUAUAGAUGUAUACCGAUUUGAUAUCAAUGAUAUAACCUGAUAUUAAAGGUUAGGUGUCAAACAUUAUAUAUUAGAACGUAUAUAUGUUAAAACAUUUAUUCAAUUAUAUUUAUUUCAAGUUAUUUUAAUUUUUAUAAAAUAUAUAUUUUUUUUAAUAUUUCUAUAUUAUAAAUAUACGGAAACACCUGUUAAGAUAAUUAUGUAUAUAUAUAUGAUUUCAUAAUUUCAUUUUAUAGAUAUAUAAAUGAACAUAUUUCGUUAUCUAUAUUAACAGCUGGCAGAUAUUAAAACAUAACGUAUAUAUAUAUAAAUACAUAGAUAUAGAAUUUCCGUUUGUUGAGCCUGUUAUCAACAUAAUAGAUUUUUUAUAUCAUUAUGAUUCUUCCUAUGACAUAAAUAGGAAAGAAAAUCUUUGUUUAAAUUAACAAAUUGAAAAUUAUUUCAAAGUUAUCUACAGAACAGUGCAAAUUAGAAGGAUGGAAACUGAAAUCAUAGAAUCACAACCAUUUAAGAAUUUACAAGAAUUAUAUGAUAAUGUGGAUAAUCUAAAACCAUGGCCUGAUAUUAAGAAACUAAGAGAAUCAACAGAUUAUGUGUAUAAUGGUUCGGAAAUAAAUAUACAAAAGUUGUAUUUGGAAAAAUUUGAUAGACAAGAACAACCAAGAACAUUACUAUGUCAUGAUAUGAAAGGUGGUUAUCUGCAAGAUAGAUUUAUAGAUGGAUCAAAGUCUUAUGAGUCUUACUUAUUUUAUCAUUGGAGUGUUAUUGAUACAUUUGUAUACUUUAGCCAUUAUUUUAUUACUAUUCCACCUUACGGAUGGAUUAACGCAGCACAUAAUCAUGGAGUUAAAAUUCUUGGUACUGUAAUAACUGAAAGAGAAGGUAUAUGGGAUCUUAUACUUAUAUCUCAGGAGGAUGUGAGAAAAUUUGCAGAUGCAUUAAUAGUUGUUGCAAAAUUUUAUAAAUUUGACGGCUGGUUAUUAAACAUUGAAAAUGUGAUUAAAAAUGAACAAAUCAAUAAUUUAAUUUAUUUUGUGAAAUAUCUAACAGACAAUAUUCAUGAAGCAAUAAAAGAUUCUGAAAUUAUAUGGUAUGAUAGUGUGACUAAUGAAGGAACGUUAAACUGGCAAAAUGAACUUAAUAAUAAAAAUAUAGAUUUUUUUUUAAAUUGCGACGGUAUUUAUUUGAACUACAACUGGAAUAAAUCAAAAUUAGAAAAUAGUUAUGCACUUGCAAAAAAUCAUAACAGAAAUGUUCAUGAUAUUUAUGUGGGAUUAGAUGUUUGGGGAAGAGGAUGUCCUGGUGGUGGUGGAUUUAAUUCAACAUAUGCUUUACGAAAAAUACGGCAAGAAAAACUUUCGGUCGCAAUUUUUGCUCCUGGUUGGACUCAUGAAUUUUUCGGAUCCAAAACAUUUCAAGAAUUAGAAGAUUUAUUUUGGGCACAAUUGUUUCCUUAUUUAUAUAUUCAUGUACUUAUCUAUGAAGAAGAAAUAUUUAAAACAUCAUUUUGCCGUGGAAGUGGUAGUUUGUAUUAUAGCUGUGGUGAGAUACAGUUAGAUAUGCGUACUGUAGAAGGUAAAAAUAUUUGGGAACAAAGAUCAUUUUACAACUUAUCCAAACAAAUGCCACAAAUAUCUGUACCUACACCACAUUUACAAUUUACAUAUGUUCCACAACUUCCUGAACCAAAAAAUGAAAACGAUCGAAAUGAGUGUUCAAAACAACCGAUACAAUAUAUUUACGAAACAAAGAGAAACGUUAUUCGAAUAUUAGAAAAUGUUGUAAAUAUUCAAGACAAAAUGCCAAUCCUAGAUAUAAAUUGCUUCGAAUUUUGUAAUCAAUUUUCUUUUGAAGGUGGUGGUUGUUUAAAAUUAAUUACGAAUGAUCUUAGAUCGUAUCAUAGAUUAUUUCUUGUUCAUAUCGAAUUCCAACAAGACAUUGAAGCAACUAUCAUUUACGAAGAAAUGAUAUCUUCUAUGACGAACGGAACUCGAAGUGAACCAAUUUUAAUUUUGGGCAAUGAUACUGGCUUAAAAUCUAUUAUCCAUUAUAAAUCAGAAAAUUUAAACUCAAGAUGGAAGAAAUGUGUUUAUCUAACGAAUAUGAGGACUGUGAAUGAGAUCGGUAUAUCUUUCGCAAAGAAGAAUAUCUGUUAUCUAGGAGAGAUCAUUCUCGAACAAAAGGGACAUCUGAACUGCACCUGCUUCUACACUGUCUGCAACAUUUAAUUUUUAAUCCUCCUAGCCUACAUGCGAUCCUAAUACUCCACCGUCGUUUAAUUUCACUGGAUGCGACGCAGCUUCGACGUUAAAGCUCAAUUCAAAUGGAACUGAAAAUUAAAGAUGCGUAAGGACAAGGAAACUACAUACACGAGCCACUUUCGAACAACUUUAAAAUUCAGGAUCGAUAAUAGCUCACGCGAGAAAUGAACGCUGUCACAGGCAUUGACAAGUGAAUGGCUCACUUGUAGUCGGUCGAUGAACCUCUCGAUUGAAAAUCAAAAAAGAUCAACGGGCAGAAUCCGUGCAACGAAAGUCGGUGGUAUCAGGUGGAGGAGCGGUCAUUAACUUUUCCCAAUAAAAAUUCAUGACUCUCUCCCUGUUUGUCACGUGUUCUUUAUACACUUUCACCUCUGCCUAUCGUUAAAUAAAUGAAUUGUUGAGAAGAAAUUGUCAAGAAUCAUGACGUGUCUAUUGUUUAUACUCGAUCUAUUCUUUUGUAAAGAGAAUUAUAUUCCAAUAUCAUUGUACCGUCGCCAAUAAAAUUGAUGCAAUAAAAUUUUUCAUUCGAUUGCUUAAUCAGAAUGACGCGAACAAACAACUUUUUACCGAGUAUUUGGCUUAGAAAUUCAGUUUGAUCGAUGAAGCAUAACUGUGAAAUAAUUAUUUUCGAACGAAUACCAUUAAACGAUGCAUGAACUUUGUAAAAUGCAAUUAUUAAGACGUUCACGCGAUGUAUUACGUUAGAUUGGCUUUUAUUGUUAAAUGGAAUAUGCUUUUUUGAACGAUUUAGCGAAUUUAAAAGUAAAAUUCAAAAAGUUAGAAAUAAAUUGAACUUAAUACAUAAAAUACAAUCCGAUAAAAUUGUAAAAUAUUUAUAAAAUUUUUUUGAAAAUUUCUUAGAAAUAAUAAAUUUGUAAUUUUAAUAAAAUAAUUUAAAUGUGCGAUUUACACGAAAAUUUUUCGAUAAAAUUUCGAUAAAAAAUAAUUUGUUUGUAAGAAUAAAAUUCUUUUUUAAUUUGGAACAUUCGUUGAAACAGGCGAUCAAACACAUCAUCACCUAUAAUCAAAAAUAUGAUAUAAAAUUUAUAUUUAUUAAAGAAAUUCAAAUUAGAAAUAAUUUUAUCUUUUCUUUUCUUAAAAUUUAAAUCACUACUAUGUAUAGAGUAGGAUUUGAAAAUUAUGUCUAUUAUAAUCUUAUAGGUUAGGAUUCGAAAACAUUAAGCGCUUUAUUUCAAUACGUUCAAUACGAAACUAAGCCAACAGGAUAUUUGUACAUUCUAAAUUGAAUGGAAAUAAAAGUUGGUAAUGCUUUGAAACAUCUAAUAAACAUAAAUAAUGAGAGAAUUUCAAAAUAAUGAUUUCCUUUCUUGCUAGAAUACUUCCCUAAAAGGAGGAAUAAAACGAUCGGAUUACAAUCAAUUAAUUUUUCUCAUUCGAUCUUAUAGACAGAUAUUUCAUGGAUCUAAUACAUAUAUAUAAAAAUAGAUCGUUUACUGUGUCGGACAUGGCUACCCUGGUUUCCUCUUUCCGCUCCACUGGUGUUGCAUUUUAUCACGUGUUAUCGCGAUUCGCGGAUAAAAAAAGGAAAGGAAACAUCAUAGAAACUGGAUUUUCCGGUCAACGGUGUUUCUUUUUAUUUCGACGUGCACACGUUUCGACCGAAUGAGAUAAUAACAAAAUAAUUCUUGACGGAUAAUCGUAAUAUACGUCACGAUAAAUUUCAAAACGAAAGAUUGUAAAUAUUGUGCAAUUCCAAUUUGAGGUUAGAUUAGAAAUUCAUGACAUAUUCGAUAUAAAUACCAGAUCAAUUUAUUAUUAUAUCGUAAAACUUUGUAACCUAACAUACGGAUUCGAAUAUCGUUAUUUCGUGUUAUAGUAUGAUUGAUUAUCAUUAUAUUAUUCUGCUGUACGAGAUUAUUAAAUGUAAUAAAAAUGCGAGAUAUUAUUCUACGUUUUAGAAAAUUCGAUUAGAAUUUGAUCGAUCUUGUUUAGAAGCUUAUUCAUCGUUAAGGAAAGUGACAGAGCGAUUUAAACGAGUGUUGUGCAAGCAAAGGUAAGAAAUAAUUUCCAUAAAGCACAGGUGCAGGAAGAUCAAACGUGUGAUUGAAUUCUUUUAGAUUUCAAUUAUCGGGAAUAGCUGUUAACUGAAUUUGUUUUUGCGUACACGGGUAAAGGUAUCGCGUAAGAUCCUGCGCGAUGCAACAUGGGAUCGCAUUCUUUGCCUUUUCUUGCGACAGUGCUAUUUCCCUUGUAAAUUUUAUUCGGGAAAAAAAUUCUAAUCACGCGAUUGCGAAAUUAUAAAACAAUAAAUUAGUUGUAAAAAAUAGAAAAUAUAUAUAUAUUUUUAAUAUAUUAGUUAUAUUUAUGAUACGAAUGUAUUUAAAAAAAAAAUAAUUUAAUUUUUAAGAAAGACUUUUAAUUUUUAAUGUAUGUGUUAAAAAAUUGUAUUGUAAGAUAUUUUAAUAUAAAUAUGAUUCGAUAAUUUUUUAUCAUUAUAUCUAUCACAUGUAACUUAAUAAAUAUAUUUUUUUUAAUCGUUUCAAAAAA